CAGUUGAAUGCGAUUCGGGCGCGUGAAAGGAUCGGUAGUAUGUUGCAGUACAGGGCAAUCAAUGGUCUUGUGGUACACUAGUUCGCUGGUUUAAGUUCGUUUAUUCGCUUGGCGUUGAAAUUCACGGGGAGAGACAAUAAAGGGACGAUUGCGGUUAACCUCCCCGACGUGUUUACACCUAACAUUACGACAUUAAUCUGAAUGUAUGGUGGUUCCGGUGGUGAUCAACCACGGUUACUGUGGUGUUGGCUGCUUUUGAUGAGACUUGGCCGAGAAAGGAUUAUUACCACCCCAGGAUACCGCCCAAUGUGUUUGUUGUGUACAUGGUUGGUUAUGCAAUUGUCGAAGGCAAUUUAAAUUAAGUGUGUGUGCCUGUGUGUGAUUGUGCCUGAGUUGCCUGGGAAAAGCCUUCUGUGAGAUUGUCUUCAUUAGUGGAUGAAGCUUAAGUGAAGGCACAGGCAUCUGCUCUCAUUGGCAUGCUCAAGAGUGCUCCCAAAAACCAUCCCCGGUGCGAUGAAGUUGAUUGAGCUUACAUGGGUGGAAUUCGUAACGUGCUUAAUGUUUUCCCCGGUGUUUGCACCUUUGAAGUUCAAGUUUCCAGCGGUACGUUUGCUGCUGCCGUUACUACUGCUACUGCUACUGCCGGUGCUUGUUUUGUUUCGGCAGCAAGUGUUGCACCACGACGAACAAGUGUUCUCACUCCGGAAAGGAUACCGCUACUGGUGACUAGUGGCGGUUCUGCUACUGUACAUUCAGUGUCAUCCCUACCUUCACCUGCCGAAAGUGAUGGUAGAUCCACUUAAGAUCUUCUGGGUACUCACAAAUAGCACGUAUCUAGUUACCAAAUUCAUCCGUAUUGGAAUCGCAGAUAAGAAUGACAAUCCACCGUACUUCGACAAGGCUUUGUACGAGGCGGAAGUUGAUGAAAACGAGGACAUCCAGCAUACCGUACUUACCGUCACCGCCAAGGAUCACGAUGAGUCCUCGCGUAUUCGAUAUGAGAUCACGAGCGGUAACAUAGGCGGUGCCUUUGCGGUGAAAAAUAUGACGGGCGCUAUCUACGUCGCUGGCGCCCUGGAUUACGAGACGAGAAAACGAUAUGAACUUCGUCUAGCGGCGUCCGACAACUUGAAGGAAAACUACACAACGGUGGUGAUUCAUGUGAAAGAUGUCAACGACAAUCCGCCGGUGUUUGAACGACCGACCUACCGCACCCAAAUCACCGAAGAGGACGACCGAAAUCUGCCGAAGCGUGUUUUGCAGGUGACGGCUACUGAUGGAGACAAGGAUCGACUGCAGAACAUCGUUUACUUCCUUACCGGUCAAGGUAUCGAUCCGGAUAAUCCAGCGAACAGCAAGUUCGACAUCAAUCGAACCACCGGAGAAAUCUUCGUGCUUAAGCCACUGGAUAGAGAUCAACCGAACGGGCGGCCUCAGUGGCGCUUCACCGUGUUUGCCCAGGACGAGGGUGGCGAAGGUCUGGUCGGCUAUGCGGACGUACAAGUCAACCUCAAGGACAUCAACGACAAUGCACCGAUCUUCCCGCAAGGUGUGUACUUUGGAAAUGUCACCGAAAACGGUACUGCCGGCAUGGUGGUGAUGACGAUGACGGCGGUAGACUACGACGAUCCCAACGAAGGCACGAACGCGAAGCUGAUAUAUUCGAUCGAAAAGAAUGUCAUUGAAGAGGAAACGGGAUCACCGAUUUUCGAAAUUGAAGCUGACACCGGUGUAAUCAAAACGGCCGUAUGUUGUUUGGAUCGGGAGCGAACUCCGGAUUACUCCAUACAGGUUGUAGCGAUGGAUGGAGGGGGGCUCAAAGGAACCGGGACGGCCUCUAUACGCGUCAAGGAUAUAAACGAUAUGCCGCCUCAGUUUACGAAGGAUGAAUGGUUCACGGAAGUGGACGAAACGGAUGGUACCAACCUGCCGGAAAUGCCGAUUCUUACCGUGACAGUUCACGAUGAGGAUGAAACGAAUAAAUUCCAGUACAAGGUGAUUGACAACAGUGGCUACGGAGCGGAUAAGUUCACCAUGGUUCGGAACAAUGAUGGAACGGGCAGUUUGAAGAUUGUCCAACCGUUGGAUUACGAAGAUCAACUGCAAAGCAAUGGGUUCCGCUUCCGGAUACAGGUCAACGAUAAGGGUGAGGAUAACGACAACGACAAAUAUCACGUGGCGUACUCGUGGGUGGUGGUAAAACUACGGGACAUUAAUGACAACAAACCUCAGUUCGAACGGCCCAACAUUGAAGUUUCCGUUUACGAAAAUGCCGACGUUGGAAAAACUUUGGAAACAUUCAAGGCAACUGAUCCCGAUCAGGGUGGCAAAAGCAAAGUUUCGUAUGCAAUCGAUAGAUCAUCCGACAGGCAGCGGCAAUUCUCGAUCAACCAGGAGGGUACCGUGACAAUUCAAAGACAGCUGGAUCGGGAAGUGACUCCUCGGCAUCAGGUGAAGAUUUUGGCAAUCGAUGAUGGAAUUCCGCCAAAAACUGCUACCGCUACUUUGACAGUGAUCGUGCAGGACAUCAAUGACAAUCCUCCUAAAUUUUUGAAAGAUUAUCGGCCCGUCCUACCGGAACAUGUACCACCACGGAAGGUAGUAGAAAUUCUGGCUACCGAUGAUGACGAUCGCUCCAAAAGCAACGGUCCUCCAUUCCAGUUCCGGUUGGAUCCCGGAGCGGACGAUAUCAUUCGAGCUUCGUUCAAGGUCGAACAAGAUCAGAAAGGUGCCAACGGUGAUGGAAUGGCUAUUGUAUCUUCAUUGAGAUCUUUCGAUCGCGAACAGCAGAAAGAAUAUCUAAUUCCAAUUGUGAUUAAAGAUCAUGGGAAUCCGGCGAUGACCGGGACCAGUACCCUGACAGUUGUAAUCGGUGAUGUUAAUGACAAUAAAAUGCAACCCGGGUCGAAGGAAAUCUUCGUGUACAAUUACCUAGGACAAGCACCGGAUACGCAGAUAGGUCGAGUGUAUGUGUACGAUCUGGACGAUUGGGAUCUACCGGAUAAAAAGUUCCACUGGGAAACGAACCACGAACACCCACGGUUCAAGCUGGAUGAAGACACCGGCAUGAUUACGAUGCGAACUGGAACGAAAGAUGGUCGCUACCAUUUGCGGUUCAAAGUAUACGACCGGAAACACACACAAGCUGAUGUACCGGCCAACGUAACCGUAACGGUACGGGAAAUCCCUCAUGAUGCAGUCACAAACAGUGGCUCAAUCCGGAUAGCUGGUAUUACGGACGAGGACUUCAUACGGGUGUGGAACUACCGAACACAGAGUUUGUCAAGGAGUAAGUUGGAUCGGUUCAAGGAUAAAUUGGCGGAUUUGUUGAAUACCGAUCGGGAAAAUGUAGACGUGUUUAGUGUUCAACUGAGAAGAAAGCAUCCUCCUCUAACGGAUGUUCGGUUUUCGGCUCACGGAUCACCCUACUAUAAACCGGUGAGGUUGAACGGAAUAGUGCUGAUGCACCGGGAGGAGAUCGAGAAGGACGUUGGUAUAAACAUAACGAUGGUUGGAAUUGACGAAUGUUUAUACGAGAAUCAGAUGUGCGAGGGUUCGUGUACAAAUACACUGGACAUUAGCUCGUUACCGUACAUGGUAAACGCCAACAAGACAUCGCUGGUAGGAGUGAGAGUUGAUGUGAUUGCGGAAUGUACGUGCGGUGCGAGGAACUUCAGUAAGGCGGAAUCGUGCCGAUCGUCACCUUGCUACAACGGUGGCCGUUGUUCGGAAACUCGGUAUGGAUUGUCAUGCUCCUGCCCGACGGGUUACACGGGGCCACGUUGCCAACAGACCACUAGAAGUUUCCGGGGCAACGGAUGGGCGUGGUAUCCUCCGCUAGAUAUGUGUGAUGAUUCCCAUUUAACUUUUGAGUUCAUUACACGCAAAUCCGAUGGCUUGUUGCUGUACAACGGACCAAUUGUUCCUCCGGAGCGGGAUGAAGUGCUCGUGUCCGAUUUUAUUUCCGUCGAAUUGGAGAGAGGUUAUCCAAGACUGCUGAUUGACUUCGGUUCCGGUACACUGGAGCUGAGGGUCAAAACGAAGAAGAGUCUGGACGAUGGCGAAUGGCAUCGGUUGGAUAUCUUCUGGGAUACCGAAAACGUUCGGAUGGUUGUGGAUUACUGCAAAUCGGCCGAGGUGUCCGAAAUGGAAGACGGCUCGUCGCCAGAGUUUGACGAUUCAUCCUGUCAGGCAAGGGGCACAAUUCCACCGUUCAAUGAGUACUUGAAUGUGAAUGCACCACUCCAAGUAGGAGGAUUCUACCGAGAACAAUUUGAUCCGACGCAUUACAGAUGGAACUAUAUGCCGAUGGGAAAGGGCUUCGAUGGUUGUAUCAAGAAUUUGAUACACAACAGUAAACUGUAUGACUUGGCGCAUCCGGGAUUGUCUAGGAACAGUGUGGCAGGCUGUCCACAGACGGAGGAAGUCUGUAGCCAGAGUGAACAAACGUCGCGCUGUUGGGAACAUGGAAACUGCGUUGGAAGUUUUACCGAAGCCCGGUGUCAGUGUAGGCCCGGUUGGACGGGACCGGCUUGUAAUAUUCCAACGAUUCCGACUACCUUCAAACAGCAGAGCUAUGUCAAAUACGCACUUAGCUUUGAACCGGAUCGAUUCAGCACACAGAUCCAGCUGCGAUUCAGAACCCGGGAACAGCAUGGUGAGUUGUUCCGAGUAAGUGAUCAGCAUAAUCGCGAGUAUGGAAUUUUGGAAAUCAAGGACGCUCGACUUCGGUUCCGUUACAAUUUGAAUUCUCUGCGAACGGAAGAGAAGGACAUCUGGCUGAAUGCGAUCGGUGUUGACGAUGGGCAGUGGCAUGUUGUGCGGGUAAAUCGACACGGUUCGGCGGCAACACUGGAACUGGACGGCGGCGAAGGUCGAAGGUACAACGAAACAUUCACUUUUGAUGGCCAUCAAUGGCUGCUGGUGGACAAACAGGAAGGAGUUUACGCUGGUGGUAAGGCCGAAUACACGGGCGUCAGGACGUUCGAAGUUUAUGCUGACUACCAGAAAAGUUGUCUGGAUGAUAUCAGACUGGAAGGCAAACAUUUACCGCUCCCACCUGCUAUGAAUGGCACACAGUGGGGUCAGGCCACGAUGGCUCGUAACCUCGAUAGAAACUGUCCGUCCAACAAACCGUGCGCGAAUGUCAUCUGCCCGGAUCCGUUCGAAUGUGUGGAUCUAUGGAACGAGUACGAGUGCACCUGUGGCGAGGGUCGCGUCAUGUCGCCGGACGGCAAAGGCUGCAUGGAUCGGAACGAGUGUCUCGAUUUGCCGUGCCUGAAUGGAGGCAUCUGCGUGAAUCAGGAGCCCCGGUUGCGCUACCGCUGCGACUGCCCGGACGGUUUCUGGGGAGAAAAUUGCGAACUAAUCCAGGAGGGACAGACUCUGAAGCUGAGCAUGGGCGCACUGGCCGCCAUUCUUGUGUGUCUACUUAUCAUAUUGAUCCUUGUACUAGUGUUUGUGGUUUACAACCGAAGACGAGAAUCGCACAUCAAGUAUCCAGGACCGGACGACGAUGUGCGGGAGAACAUCAUAAACUACGACGACGAGGGAGGCGGUGAGGACGAUAUGACCGCAUACGAUAUCACCCCACUACAGAUCCCGAUCGGACCGAUGCCGGAGCUGACACAGUGCAAGAUGGCACCGCUGAUGUACCCCGUAAUGACGAUGGGACCCGGUCACGAACCGAACGUCGGUAUGUUCAUCGACGAGCACAAGAAACGGGCGGACAGCGACCCGAAUGCACCUCCCUUUGAUGACCUGCGGAAUUACGCUUACGAGGGCGGAGGCAGCACGGCCGGAUCGCUCAGUUCGUUACAGUCAGGAACCGACGAGGAAGUGCAGGAGUUCGACUAUUUGGACGCUUGGGGGCCCCGGUUUGACAAACUGGCCAAUAUGUACGGUGAACAUCAUCCCACCGAGCUGGACGAGCUGCACUAAGCGACACCGACGGUCACAACCUGAUGGCCAAGGAAACCGAUGAAAGAAAACAACACUGAAACAGAAAACAAGAACAUCUCACCAGUAUCGCCGCCAUUGUCAUUAUCAUUUCGCGGAUGUUUGUUCCUGUGGGAGGUUAUCCCACCCACAACACUAGCUUGUGGAUUCCCCCGGAAGGAUGCUACCAAGAACAGGGUGACCCUGACCAUGGGAGUGCGAAUUAGAGGAAACAAACAGGUUAGGUACAAAUUAUUUUAGCACAUUUUUCAGUUACAUCAUGCAAUCUUAGAAACAAGUGGAAAAAAUAACUAGCAGACAGGGGAAAGAAGAAAGAAGAUGAACCAAAGUUUAAUUUUUAAUCUCAAAGGGAAAAUGAAACGAAACAAGUUGAGUAAAAGGUGAGGGAAUUUUUGAGACACUACACUGCUUUAAGGGAUGAUGUUAGUAAAUCCGAAGACAAGUACGGACAAUGAGUUCUUCCUAUGCAUCCCCUCGUAAGGAGUUAGGAAUUCGAUAGAGGAGAAAGCUCACCCGUUCAGAGCUUCAUAACUAUUCCGAUGAUUAAACUAUAUCUAUAUCAACGAGUUUUCUAUGAGUGAAAUUCUCGUUCGGAUUUUUUCUUCGAGAAAAUUAGGGCUCAUAUACACUUAUGGUUAUACACUCGUAAAAAAAGGAAACAAAACAAACACAGUUUUACACGUUAUACACAGUUACAAUCGGGACUCACACAUCACGUACGGAUAAGAAGUAAAUGAAUUCAACCCUUUCGUUUCGAAUUCCGCAAACGAAGGAAAACUGACGUACCUUCGAACCAUUGAAAAAAAAAAUUUUUUGUUUGAAGAUUUUAACGUGCAUAUUGCAAUUUUGUUAUUUUAGUUUGUAAAAAUAGCCAGCACCAUUUUUACCUUGAUUUUAUCGAACACAGCAUUACACUGUUCCUGUUUUGACUUAAGUAAGUAAAAGUUUUUUAGUAGGAAAAACGGAAGCAAUUGUUUUUAUAAAACAUAGUGAGCCUACGAAACUAAAUACACAUGAUACACAGACACAAAACAAAGUAAAGCGCGCCCCACGCUCUCGCGUUCAGGAAGCACGAGACGAACGUUUUCAUGGCCAUCUACGAUCUAGGAGAAAAUGCAACUAAUACACACGAAACCGAGAACAUCGUAAAACUAGUUUGUAACAUAAAACUAACAAUUAGUGUAUCAUCUGCUAAAAGUCAAGAAAAUCUUAAGCUAAGUAAAUCAAAUAUACAGCAAACAAUUCCGAGGGCCGAAAUUUAUUGCGAGAUUUUAUGCAAUACAACAACUUUAGAACGGAGGGGUAAAUUGGAGACAACAAAAAAAUUAGUCAUAUGAGUCGUAAAAGCACCUGUGUGUUUUUAAGGUAAUUUAUUUAUGUCUUAAGAAAACUAACAUUGAUGAGAAAAAAAAUGAUAUUGUACAUCCAAAGACUGUAACGUUUGUUCUAAUAAUUUAUCGUAUUUAAUUGCUAAGUUUCAGAUUUUAAGGAAAUCAAUAGAUCAACCGUAUCUACCGGUUUAGAUUUGUAAAACGGGGAAACGCAAAAGAGCACCAUCUUUUUUGGAAACCAUCUCAGUACACAAUAGGAAUACGUUGUUUUUAAUUCCUCAGAAAAUAAAAAAAACCGUAGCUCGUGGGUUCGUUCUUUGUUGAAUAUGAUAGUGAACCGCACGGAGACACUCAUACACAUAUACCAAAACAAAAAAAAAAGACCGCACUCCUAUCCUAUUACAACGGGACAUACAAAGACAAACACACACACGCGCGCCAGCGUCGUUCAAAACGAAAAACUGAAUCUGUAUUAUUAAACAAUAUUAUUACAAACUUAGGUGAAACAAUGAAAACGAUAUUACUUAGUAUGCUCAUUAUUCCAGGAAACUUAUAUAAUCAAAGCCAUGGCAUAGAAACCGAUUAGUUGUUUCGUGGCCCAAUUUUUCCCGAGAUUGAUUUUUCAAAUCAACGAAUUCAUUCUCACGUAACUCGCUCGUUUUUUAAUCAGUCAAACAUUAAUCAUCGAACAUUUAGCUACACUCUACACUCUAGUACACAUCUCCAUACACAUGAAACCAACAACGCCCACACUGCUACGAAUGUAGAAGAAUUUUUUCGUAAACUCAUAAGACAUAGUUUAAAAACUAAACUCCGCGCGACAUAAAACUCGUUAGUUAUUUGAAAAUCUAUCUUUUGUAAUAAGAAAACUGAAGAAAAACAGCGCAUAAAUAAAAGAUAACUGGAAAUAUUGAGAGGAAGCAUUAUGUGUAAGAAACUAGCACUAAAUUAUUAACUACAACAACACAGCAGUAAAAUUCGAGAACAAAAAUGACACUUACACACAGACGAGCAGAAGAAAGAAGAAAAAAAAUCACACACAUUUUAGAUGAAAUUUGGCAAAAUCAAAGUCCACAAAAUCAAUCCGGUGUUGAACUAUAGAGUGCAAACCGUCAUCUACCAGAUUCCUAGUGUAAAUAUAGUGUUGUAAUAAAGUAUGCAUAUAAACGCGUCGUAGCAUGGGGAAAGAAGGAAAGGUAAUUUGAAGUCAGGCGUUUUUUUUCCAAUCCGAUACUGGAAUGAUUCGAAGAAAUGAAAGAAAGAGAAAAAAAACACGUAGGAGAAAGAAAGGACAGAAUAUGUUACUUAGAGUAAAUUUUAGACGAACAACCAAAAAAAUGAAAAAAAUUAAGUAAAACAGUCACUAAACACAUACACACACAAACAAACAAACAAAAAUCGACGACGUUCAAUUAUGAUUAGAGCAAAAAAAAAAACAA